AUGUCUUCCCAUCGUAACCUCCGCGGCGCAGCUGCCGCUUCCCUUUUGGACUUUGACUCAAAUAUACCCUAUCAUACUUUCUUACGAAACUUGAAAUUGUUACGUACUGGUCAAAUUAUAGUAGAUUUUGAAAUAAUAUUAGAAAAGAAUAGGGUCAUAUUUCAUGGUCCUCCAACUUCUAAUAAAUCACGGACGGUGAGGGGGAAAGUUAAGUUAGAAGUUGCCGGAAAGCUAAACGUGAAGGAGAUCAUGUUGACGCUGACCGGUGACUUUAGAUUUUGCAAAAUAAAUAAUGUUUCUACUGUAAAUGAUGCCACUAUUCCACGUCAAGGGACUGUAUUUUCAACGUGCAUAUUACUGGCAAAUAAACGAACUCUUUAUCCAGGUCUUCAUGAAUUCUUUUUCGAAUUCCUCAUUCCAGGUGAUUUGCCUGAAUCAAUUAGUGCUGAUCACGUGCUAUGCGAGUAUUUCUUGAAGGCCGAUCUUAUUCCACGCGAUACCGACGAAUUAAAUUCUCUUAAUAAAGUUGUAGAUAUCGUAGAUAUCUUUGUGGAACGUGCUAUGUUACUGAAUGAUGGAUAUAUCUCUGAUGGUCUUGAGUCUACAAGAUAUAUUGGUUCAAAAAAAAAUGUUCUUGAUUUUGAAUUCAUAGUACCAAAGAUCAUACGUCUUAACUCUGAUGCUCUUAGGUUCUAUUCUCGGUGGGAUGGUCUGCGUGUUGCUAACGUUACUUUCAGCUUUGUUCAAAGCGAAUAUCUGAAAGCUUCACUUCCUGAAACUGAUGUAGAAGAUUCUAGUCCUCCAACUGUAAUUGAUUCAGCUACAAGAAUUAUCUCUGGUCCUUUCCGCUUUGAUUUACCGCGAAAUGAACGUUUAAAAUUACAAUGUAGACCAAUGGUUUUCCAGCUUCCCAUAACCGAGCCUCUUGUACAUGAUUAUGUUUUAUUUGGUAUUGAAAUUCGUCAUCGUUUGGUUAUUUCUAUUCAGAUAGCAAAUCGACGUAAAGAUGUUAUUCGUUUCGAGGUCCCUAUCACUGUUGAAUCUAUAGUUCCAAAUUUGGAAUCAUUUCCGAGUCCUUGCAAUGUUUGUCAAACUCCUCAAUCGGCCUUACUUCAUUUUGCAAACAAGAUUUAUCAUGGUCAAAUGUUAAACAUUAAUAAGGAUCUCUCUGUUAAAAUUCCUAAAAAUGAUUCUUUAAAGAAACCAUACGAUCAACUUCCGCCUCAAGAUAUUAAAAAUGACGAAGAAAAGUUACAGCGGAUCGUUCCCUCAAGUUCGGAAAAAACUGGUACGAGUGCCACUACGGCUACGUACAUCAACUCUACUGAAAAUGCUCAAGCUUUUCCACAAAGAGCUUUACCAAAACCAGUAUUUGCUACAGCUCCUGCAAAUAUUGUUGCUGAUAAACUUGCAAAAUUACAAUAUAUUUUGCAACAAAGACGAAGUCGUCGAAGAUCUAUGUGUGCUAAAAAUCCAGUAAAAAGUCGUUCUUCAUCGUCCGCGUCUACUGUUAAAUUUGAUAAGUCUGAAAUCUUUGAUAUUAUGGCUACGCGUUCGGCUAAUCGCCCUAAUACCAUUUUGGAAACGACAACGUUGACGGCUUAA